AUGCCUCAAACACGCAUCCCCCAACCCGAAGACUUCGAAGCCCUCAAGUCCUCCUCCGGCCUCCACGUCUCCCUCCAUUACCCCACCCCACCCGAAUCCACCACCUCCAUCCUCCUCCUCUUCCACGGCCUCGGCGACUCGGACGCGCCCUUCCUCUCCUUCGCGCGCAACCUCUCUCUGCCCGGCGUCUUGGCAAUCUCCGUCCGUGGCAUCGCCCCCCUCCCGCCCUCCCUUUUGGGCUUGCCUUUGGACAGCGGCCCGACGAAUAACUUCCACUGGGGCGACGACCUAAAGCUCGACGGACGGACUGGCGAAAUAGAUAUGGAUUCGGGCUACGAAAAGGUCUGGGAGGUGGUGAUGAACAAACUAAUUGGGGAGGUGUUGAUGGGGAAAUGUGGGUGGGAGUUGGGCGAUGUGCUGUUGUUUGGGUUUGGACAGGGUGGCGGGGUGGCGUUGGGGUUGGGGAGUAAAGUGAGGAUUUGGGAGGUGGUUGGUGGAGAUGAAGAACCCAAGGUUAGGGAGGUGAAGGAGGGGGAGGAGGUGAAGGAGGGAGUGGUUGAGACGACGAAGAAAGAGAAGGCGUUCAAGGGGAUCGUGUCGAUUGGAGGGGCGUUGCCGCCUUCGAUGAUUCCUAGUAUCAGUGCGAGGGAGAAGGCGAAGACGCCCGUGUUGGUGUUACACGGAAGCGAGAGUGAGUAUGUGGGUGAGGAUGAGGUGGAUUUGAUUAAGAGGGAGUUUGAGAACGUGAAGGUGGUGGAGUGGAAGAGGCCGGAUGAUGGAAUGCCGAGGAGUAGGGAGGAGGUGCUGCCUAUGAUGGAGUUCUUUGCUGAAAGGUUGAAGAGUGGGUGGCCGUGA